CGGCAGCGGCGGCGGCAGCGGGGCUGCUGCUCCUCCCAGCAUCCCUGGCGCGGCCAUUUCAGCCCCAUCUUGGCCGAGGGGAGGGCGCUGCAGCCGCCGCUUCAGCAGUUUGAAUUUCAGUUUCUCCAGGAUUUACGAACCGGAGCACCGAGGAGGAGCCGAAGAGGCCACCACCGCUACCUCCCAUCGUCGGAGCGCCUCCGCUCGCCGGCCAGCCGUCUGCCGCCGCCGCCGCCCCUCACUCUCCGGAGAGCCGCGAGGGGAGGCCGAGACCGCCGCCGCCGCCGCCGCCCGCGGGGGUGGCUCCCCCUGGGAGGGGAGGCCCGAGCCGGCCUUCCCUUCCCCCGGAGCGGGUUUCCGCCUGAAGACAGUCACCAUGUCCCUGGGGCUGAGCUCCGGCUAGAGCCGGGGAGGGAGGGCCGCCCGCCCGGAGACCUUCAGCCAGCCCUGGCCCGCGGGCUCCCAGCUGAAUCGGGAACCUCCGGCCUCGCCACUCCUCCCGUUCUUCCCUCCGAGCUGCUGCCGGCCGCGUCCUGAGGAGCCCGAGCGGGGCAGCGCCGCCCCUCACGCCGCCGCCGCCGCCGCCGCCGCCUCCUGCUCCUCCACCACCACCACCUCCUCCUUCUCCUCCUCCUCCUCCUCCUCCCCUUCGCCCUCCCACUCCCACCCCCAGCCCAGGCCUGCUGACCGUGCCGAGCGCCGAGCUGGACUGCCCACGGCGGCCCGGAGACGAGGGAGGAAGCCGCCAGCGCGCCCCUGGGAUCCCUCUCUUGCUGCGGCGGAGGGGGUUGAAUUGAGGCGCCGCCGCACGAGUGCGACCGGGGGGCCGAGCCGCGGAGAUCGACCCCGACAAGGCAGCGGGCAGGAGGAUGUCUGAGCGAGCGUCCGGCGCCCGCAUCAGCCCGUGACUCCUCAGCUGCGGGCCGCCCACCCCAGCGCGGACUCGGACUUUGUCUUUGGGGGCCCCCUUGUGCGCUGCCCUUCGCCGUUUCCGGCAGGAUCCCCGAGGAGCCGGCGUGCCCGUGUGUCCUCCAGCCUUCCUCACCAUGUCCAAGAUGCCGGCCAAGAAGAAGAGCUGCUUCCAGAUCACCAGUGUCACCACGGCCCAGGUGGCCAGUAGCAUCACCGAGGACACCGAGAGCCUGGACGACCCGGACGAGUCGCGCACAGAGGACGUCUCCUCCGAGAUAUUCGACGUUUCCCGGGCCACAGAUUACGGGCCUGAGGAGGUCUGCGAGCGCAGCUCCUCCGAAGAGACCCUCAACAAUGUUGGGGAUGCCGAGACUCCCGGGACCGUCUCCCCAAACCUCCUCCUGGAUGGGCAGCUGGCAGCCGCGGCGGCCGCUCCUGCCAACGGAGGAGGAGCCGUGUCGGCCCGGAGCGUCGCUGGGGCUCUCGCCAGCACCCUGGCGGCGACGGCCCCCGCCUCAGGAGCACCCGGAGGCCCCCCGGCGGCGGGCCCGUCUGCCGGGCCGGGGCCCGCAGCCCCGGCUCAGCCGCCCGCCACUUGCAGUUCCCGAUUUCGCGUGAUCAAGCUGGACCACGGGAGCGGAGAGCCCUAUCGCCGCGGCCGAUGGACGUGUAUGGAAUACUAUGAGCGGGAUUCCGACAGCAGUGUCCUGACCAGGUCUGGGGAUUGCAUUAGACACAGCAAUACUUUUGAUCAAACUGCGGAGCGGGACAGUGGCCUGGGCGCCACCGGAGGGUCGGUGGUGGUGGUGGUGGCCUCCAUGCAGGGGGCGCACGGGCCCGACUCUGGAACUGACAGCUCCUUGUCUGCUGUGUCACAGCUACCCCCGUCGGAGAAAAUGAGCCAGCCCACUCCGGCCCAGCCGCAGAGUUUUAGCGUUGGGCAGCCACAGCCGCCGCCGCCCGUAGGUGGGGCUGUGGCUCAGAGCUCGGCUCCGCUGCCGCCGUUUGCAGGAGUCGCUGCCGGGCCGCAGCCAAUGAUAGCAGCCGCGCAGCCAGGCCAGCCCCAGGGAAUCGGGCCCAGCGGCGCCCCUCCGGGGCCGGGUGGGCAGAGUCUGCCGCCAACGAAUGUAGUAGCCCAGGCGCAGUCGGCGGUGUCUCUGCCUCCCCAGCCGGUCCCGGCGGUCGGCGCUACAGCCCCGCAGCAGCCCCAACAGUUCGCGUACCCCCAGCCUCAGAUAGCGCCUGGGCAUUUGCUGCCGGUCCAGCCCUCUGGCCAAAGUGAGUACCUGCAACAGCACGUGGCCGGCCUGCAGCCGCCAAGCCCCGCGCAGCCUUCGAACGCCGGCGUGGGAGCGAGCCCCGCCGCGGCGGCCAGCUUUGCCGUGGGCACCAGCCAGAGCGCCGCCUCAGUGGGCGCGCAGAUCUUGGGCGCGUCUUCCCAGCCGAGUGAAGCUCUGGCCUUAGGGCCGGGACCUGCGCAGGGCGGGCAGGCAGCGCCUUGUCAGCCGGCCGGAGUGCCCCCGGCUGCUCUGGGAGGCGUGGUGCAACCAGGCAUGGGGCCUACAGGGGCUGGGCAGCCCCAGUCCGUGCCUCCGCCGCAGAUGGGUGGCAGUGGUCAGCUGUCAGCCCUGCCUGGUGGCCCUCACGCCGUGGUGCCCGGAGUUCCAAACGUGCCUGCAGCCGUGCCCGCCCCAAGCGUGCCUAGUGUGUCUACCACUUCUGUUACUAUGCCAAAUGUACCCGCGCCUCUGGCCCAGUCGCAGCAGCUGAGCAGCCAUACGCCAGUCAGCAGGAGCAGCAGCAUAAUCCAGCACGUCGGGCUGCCCUUAGCGCCAGGCACACACAGUGCACCAACGAGUCUACCGCAGUCUGACUUAAGCCAGUUUCAGACUCAAGCCCAACCUUUAGUCGGGCAAGUUGACGAUACUAGAAGAAAAUCAGAACCCCUACCUCAACCACCACCUUCUCUCACUGCUGACAGUAAGCCUGUUGUGAAGCCUCCUGUUGCAGAUGCCCUGGCAAACCCCCUUCAGUUAACACCUAUGAACAGUCUCGCCACCUCUGUAUUCAGCAUAGCUAUUCCUGUUGAUGGUGAUGAAGACAGGAAUCCUUCAACUGCUUUCUACCAAGCGUUCCAUUUGAACACGUUUCAGGAAUCAAAGAGCAUCUGGGAUAGUGCAUCUGGGGGAGGUGUUGUAGCCAUUGACAACAAAAUAGAACAAGCAAUGGACCUGGUGAAAAGCCAUUUGAUGUAUGCAGUAAGAGAAGAAGUGGAAGUUCUAAAGGAACAAAUAAAAGAAUUAGUAGAAAGAAACUCUUUACUUGAACGGGAAAAUGCACUGUUAAAAUCUCUUUCCAACAAUGAUCAGUUAUCCCAGCUCCCCGCCCAGCAGGCCAGUCCCGGUAGCACUUCUCAGCAGCAAGCGGCCAUAGCACAGCCCUCGCAGCACCCUCCGCAGCAGCCGAAUGUCUCCUCCGCAUAAAGCUCUCUUAAGCCUCGCGAAGAAAAACUGAAAGCAACCUAUCCUGUGUGCCACUGGUGUUCCUGCCACUUUAUACGAAAGCAAGUAGCCGUGCUUUGGUUGUGUGUUUGGCCUUCUCAGUAUUAGACAAUCAUUCUGCAGGAGCUUUCCUCUCUCUGAGAUGUCAUGCAGCGCUGUUGAUGUCCAGUUCUAUGUCAUCAGUCCACAAGGAGAAUGAUAGAUGGGGUUUAUUAAAGCGAGCAAAGUCUGCAUUUUACCUGGUGCGCAUGAGUGGGAUCUUUAAGAGUUUCGGUGGCUCUCCCAUGUUUCCUAUUACCCAUGGAUUUACCCUGAGCCUUCCUCUCACAUUAUAAAUAACAGUUUAUCCAGAGAGCCACUUUCUUUCAAUAUCAGUAACAUUUGCCUACGUAAGUUUUCAUUUAUUUGUGUUUUAUUUAUUACAGGGCUGCUAUUUUCAUAAUGUACAUGAACAGUGUCACAGAACUUUUUUAAUUUUUUUGAAUAAUUAUAAGUAUCAGUAAAGGAAUUGAAAGACAGGAUUGCAUUUAAUAGAUAAACCGUUUAGGCAAUAAUUGAACAAAAGAAUCCUGGCAUAUUUCUAACACUAAUGGCAAUUUACCUUUGGUAUUUAUUUCCAGUAGUAAAGACCCAGCUUGAAUGUAAAUUUUGUAUAGUGUAAGUAUGAAGAACAUAGUGCAACUGUACAGGUAGCCACCAGUUAUUGUGAUAUAAUAAAUAAUUGGGCUAUUUUGAUGAAGAAAACUUUGUUCAUUUGUUUCUACUUUCUAAUAGAGAAAUUGCCACGAUUCCUCUGCUUUUCAACAUUUCGUAUGACUUUUUUUUUCGGGUGGGAAAUAAAAAGCUGUGAAAUUGUUCAACCUACUUUGUAACCAAAGAAGCAAAGCUGUGUAAUGGAGUUUUUUUUUUUUUUUAUAAUGCACAUUCUUUAUGUAUUUUUAUUUAGUGUUUUCUUGGUCACAAUUUCUUUGCUGUCUAGCAUGAUCUGCAUGACUAUAAUCUUUGAACCACUUCCGUACCUCAUGUUUUUAUCCAGCACUCUUAUUGUAAUAUGUACUAGUCUGUGAACAAUGUCAAAUAAAAAGAGCGAACAGGUAGUAUGGUGGAGCUGAGCUAGUGUGCAAUACACUAGUUGUAAAAAAAAAAAAAUGAAGUGAGCCAUCUUUUGUUCAUUUAAAAUGGUGUUUCGAAUUUCGUAUGCAGAAAACGUUUUGUUACAUUGCAGAUUUUAAUGUAUUUAAUAAAUGCAACAUGCAGAUUAAGUGCAGUGUAUACUGAGUAUUUAAAUUAAAAUGUACAUUUCAUAAAUACAGUUUCAAGAGAAAGCAUCAUUUUGUGUAUACUAACACGUUAAGUGUAUGUCAGAAAUUGAUGUAUAAAUAUAUAUUUUAACACAUUUUCUGAAAUUAAACUGCAGUUUUGUUGAAAUAUUUGGCUUCAUAUGUGUUCAGAAUUUGACUAGGUUUGUAUUUUCACAGUUCAAAAUAUUCCUUAAAUGAAAACUUAUGUUAUUAAUGACUUAAUGAUAGUUCUUGAACUUUCAAAAGUAAAAUAAUUUAAAGACUGCAAGAAAAGUGAGCAAUAUUUGUACUCAAUUUCAUAUUAUGUUGAUGAUAUGAGUAGGAAAUCCUUGUCUACCAAAACUUUUACUUGAAUUCAGAAAGGUGCCUGUAGAAAUUAACAUGCUCUGUGUGUAGCCAGCUAGCUAAUCAGGAGUUAAGGAGAACCAAUUAGUUAGCUCUCCAUGUUAAAAGCUGAUAAGUGUUCUAUGUUUGUUCGAAAUAAAAACUUAACCAUGGUAGCCGCAAACAAAAGGCAUAAAAUCAGGGUGUACAUGGGAUUGCCCAAAUACUUUAUAUUCUAGUUGAGCUGCAGGAAUGUAGUUCAGUGAACAAAAUUUUAAUGUUAAUUAAUGACACUAGAAAUACUUAAAGGAACUAAACACAAGGCUGUGGAGUGCGAUGCUAAGGAGGCCCCAGGAGGUGAGAUACAGUGUGAGAUCUUGCUGUCGGAAUGGUGACCGGAAGUUCGCUGGAUGUGCUGCUCUGUCACUGCCAGAGUGGAAGUUAAUGCAGGUGGAGAAAAACUGAAUCAGAAAAGAUUGGAAUUUUUGUGAUAAGGUUUGAUUCUGAGGAUAUAAAAACUCUAUAAACAUAAAGUAAUAUCAGUCACCGAGGAAGUGAUUAAUACGUUAAGGAAUGCAGUUGUAACUAAUGGCAGUUACUGCUACUUUUACAUUUAAGAAAAAUGAUAGGAAAGGAAAGGAAACAUGAGUAGCUCACAGAAGAAAGAAUGGCAGUUCCUCACGUUUCAGCUCGUAGUAACCUGUGAACUGUGAACACUCUUCACGUGUAGUUGUCAUUAAAUAGGACAAGGUAGAAAGGCAGGCUUUCCUGUGUACUCUUAAAGUAACCUGGCAAUAUGUAUCAAGAGCCUUAAAUACUAAUAAACUCCAUUUCAGUGACAUAAGAAGAUACACUCAACUCAUGGUGCAGUAUUCAAAAAUGCAAAAUUAUUGUAGUUCCUGUCCUCUGCUCUCCCAUAUUCCCUCCUUCCCUUGGAGCCCACACACCUGCUCCCCUCCCCAGAAAAACGCUGUGCUAGGAAGCUUUUGCAUCCAGAUUGACUCUCCUGAGGCACACCCCGCACUCCAGAGUCAGGAACACAUUUAGAGUGAAAGCUGUUAACACUUCACAGCAACAGAUACCUUGUAUUUGGAAACAACAAGGGUUCCUCCAACUGAUUGGUUUGUGUGUAACUUUCAGUUUUUCCUUGGAGACUUAGGGCCUCCUGCCCCAAAUAGGUGGAGCAGUAGUUUUGAUUGCAAUGAGAUGCCAAUUUGAGAACACAUACGAAUGCCCAUGUUUUGACAUUGUCAGUGCAAUGACCAUAGGUGAGUUUCCAUUUCUUUAAUUUAGGAAGUUUUCUGACUUAGUAAUAUCAAUUAUGAUGUAAACCUAACUUUCCCUCCAAAGAAAACACAUUUAAGUUAGUUCAAAUGGGAUUUUAUAGCUUGACACACACAAAAGUAGGGAGUGGGAGGCACUAAGUAUUCAGUUAUUUUAACUCAUAAUGGUGAGUUAAAAUUGGAUUUAUCCACUUUGAUAUCUAACUUUCUAAGCCAAUUGUAAGUAUUGAUAAGAAUGUUUUACAAGCAAGUCCCCAGCGAUAGUGAUCACUACUGUCAUUAUUUACAAAAAUUCCCAAGGCAGCCAUGAUUGCUUGAGCUCCAAACUCUGGACCUUUUGAAAAAAAUUAAAAUUUUUUAAUGUAAGAUUAGAGUAACCAGAAUACCUGUUCUUCAUGGAAAUUUAUCUUUGUAUAACUAGAAAUAAAACCAAUUCAUUUUAAGAUGAUCUGAAAUCACUUUUUUAAAGGAAGCUCUUUAGCUUAAUGACAGGCAUCUUUGUGGCAGGAUUCUGUUCUCUUCAGUAAUCCUGAUAAAAGGACAAAGCCCAGCUCUCAAGAUUCACAGUUUCAUCCAGGAUAUAUACAAGCCAACUAAUACAACGCAGUAAGAAUUGUGUGCUGUUAGACACACUCAAGGAUGUAUGGUUUGUCAGGGUGGGUUUCCUGAAAAAGGUGACACCCGAGGCUUGAAGGUCACAAGAGUUAGCCAAGGGGACGCGCAUUACCAACACAAGAAAGACUUAAAGGAGAGAGAGAGCAUGAACAGGUCUUACUGGCAGCUACGAUCUCAAGGGAGACAGCCACGACUUCCCCAUCAACCUUGGCAAUCUGGCGUCUAUUCAGAAAGUAAAAAUGAUUUUAAGAAGUUGGAUGUUGUACUCAGUUCCAGUGCCAGAUGGAAGAUAGAUUAGCAGGACUGAAAAUGGAAGCUAAGAAAUAAUUGAGAUACAACGAUGAUCCAGAAAAGAGAUUGGGAACAGGCAGAGUUGCAGAGGCAAUUUUGUGAAGCUCGGGAAGGAAGUCUCGUCUGUACCAUUUCUCCCUCCACAAGGAAAAAUCCACUCCCGGCAUCAGGAGCCCUAUUUUCUUGCCCCUUCAAGGAAAAAAAAAAAAAAUCAAAGAGCCCCAACUCAUCCUUGAAAGUGUGGGACAGUCUUUUUACUUCCCAUAGUCAAAUAUUUCUAAGAAAUCAAAGUGUUUCCUGUUAAUGGAAUUUCAAGAAUUUAACCAGCGGGUAGGGGAACAUAGAAGCGCUUUGGUGGUCGCUUUAUGCCUCUGUAAAUUCAGCCCUAAAGGUAAACUAAGUUGAAUCCUUUUAGGGUGACGGGUCAGCACAGCUCCAAAGCCUUUCCCUGAGAGCUUUCCCUUGCUCCCUGGAAAGGAUAUGGGUUCUGGCCCCGCUGCAGAUAAUGACAGCCCAAGUCAGAAGAGGUUUUGUGAGGCUUUGACAUAGGCCAAUCUCAGCAGACUUGUUUCUUUAUGAAUUCCCUGCCUAUGCAAAACUGGACCAUUUUCUUCUAAUUCCUUCUGCCUCAAGCCACCCACUAAUAUAUGCUUCUCUUUUACAGCAAUACUAAUAGUUUACUACGUGGUAAUAUAGAUUUACCUGUAUUUACCCUUUUAGACAUUCCAGGAUACACCCCUGUCUCAUUGUCAGUUCCAAUUCACACGAUUUCUAUCCCAAGACCUGCUCUCUGAAUGCAUGUGUUCUCCUUGUGGAUGGAAGGAUUGCUAUACGAGUGCUUGUAUAGCUGUUCACCUAGUAGGGUACAAUUAGUAUGACCUGCUGUGUUCAUAAAUGAAAAAGGCUAAGUGAGGCACCAUACAAAGCAAGUUAAAGUUCACAGACAUCCUUGCUCUUUUUUUUUUUUUUUUAAACAAUCAUCAAGUAAAAAAUAGUCUUUUGGGAUUAGUAAUACAAAAAAAUAAGCUGAUAUUUUGCACUGGCACGGUCCACUUGAUCACUGGAUUUGUUCUACAAACCUGGCUGGUGAAUGAGCUUUAUUUUUCCUUCCCCACCUGAGAAACAGAAUAGGCAGUCCAGGCCACCAUCUAAUGACAUGGGACCAGAGUGUUUCCAGACCAAGACCUUGGCCUCAAAAGACAGCCCUUUGAAGGAAGGAAAGGAAAGGUACGCUAACUCAGAUCAUAAAAAUAACUGAGUUUCAAAACAAGGCAAUGCCACACUUUGAUAUGCCCCCACCCCCAAAAAAAGUUCAAAUCACCUUUUCAUUUCAUUUUUUUGCAUCCUUGCCUUAUUUCCAGAUAACUGCAAAGUACUCUCGGCCACUGCAAUCCAAAAUGUUUUCUAGAUCACAGUCCUUGCUGUCAUUUCAUAGGCAAGCAGUGCAUCUAUAGAUAGAUCAGACCUGAGCGUGCAAGGGAAUAUUUUCUGUAUCCUUGGAGAAUAGCUAGUCUGUGUCUAAUUCUACUUUUAUUACACAUAUAUACUUGAUCAGGUUGCAGACUUGUAUGGACAGAAAAAAAUGUAUAAUUUUGUAAACUCCCAAAAGUGAAGUUUGUGAGAAAUUUGAGUUGUAUUUUUUCUUUUGUAGAGACACUGUUGAGAUGGAAUUCAGUUCUAUUUCAGUUUUAGGUGCUGCACCCUAUAUACUAGAUGUAUGAGGAUGGCAAGGUGACUGGAACUUGACUUGUGCCUGUUGUAAAUGGAAAAGCUUGAGUGCUGUAUCGUUGAUUCAGAGUAUAUGUCAUAGUUUGUAGACCUCAUGUCAUUUGUAAAUGUAAGAGUCAUAUAAAUCAACAGAAAUAUUGCCAUUUCGUGUGAAACCUUUUGCCAUUGCCAGGAAGCAAUUUAAAAUCACCAAAACACUUUACCAUCAAACAGUACCUUUAGAAAGGGCAACUGAGCAAAUCCUCUGCCCUCUUAAUGGAGCCUGUGAGGCGUCCCCCGUAGAGGAGAAACUAAUCUGAGAGAGGUGUUUACACAUUUUUAAUACUCUAAGUCUGUAGAUAAUGGAACGGAUUUAAAUCAAACUUACCUAGAAUAGAUGUUGUGUGUCGUGAAUUAUAGCAUCUACCACCUCAUAAACAACACUGUUGUAAUCUUAGCUGACAAAAUCAGCUCUCAUUCAAUGAAUCAAGAAUAACUCAGGUGCCUGAUGCCAAAAAGAAGUCUCUAACAGAGCUGAGACUCCAGAAAUAAACACAAAUACACAUUGAAUAAAUGGUAUAAGUGACAUUUCAAAUCAGUAAGGAAAGAAUUAAUUCCUCAACAAACAGUAUUAAGACAGCAUCACCAUUUGGGGAAGAAAUUUAUUCUGGCACAAAAAUGAAUUCCAGCUAGACUAGCAGUGAGUCUUCUGCUUUUUGAUCACAUAUCCCUUAUAGAAAUUGAAAGCUGUAAAAACACAUAGAAGCACAUAGCUUUACAAAUAAGUCACAACGAUAACUGCUUCUCGGCCUUUUGGCUAAGAUCAAGUAUAGUACAAAUAAGUCACAACAAGAUGUUCAACCUCAGCAAAAUCAGGAAAUUUGCACAUUUAGAACACAAGACAUUAUCUCAGGUCAAACUGGCAAACAUUAAAAACAUAAAUCAAGAUAUGGCAAGGGUGCAGUAGAACAAGAAUCCUAUGUUGCUGGUAAGUGUACAAAAAUUGGCAUGGCCACUUUUAAAAGCAAUUUGAUAAUAUCUAUGGAAAUUCAAAAUUCACAUGCCCUGUGACCCAGUAAUUUGAAUUUUUAGUAUAUACCCCAAAGAAACACCUAUGUCCAUAAAGCAGAUAGUUCAGUGACGUCAGUUGCACCUUUGCUUGUAAGAUAUGAAAAAGCAAAAUACCCAUAAAAGAUAGGGAAUAUGGUAUACACUAUAUGAUAUUAGAUGAUGAAGAAUGUACUGACACGGGCAGCUCUCCAGGACACAAUGUUAAGUAUUAAAAGUUUCCAGGAAAAAAAAAAAA